AUGUCACCAACCAUCAUAUUGAUCAGCGGUGCCAACAGAGGCAUAGGUAGAGGUCUCCUUGAACGCUAUGUUGCUCGACCAAACCACGUCAUUAUCGCAGCAAACCGGGACCCAGACAGUGUCUCGUCCAAAGAGCUCACGACCUUACCUAGGGGAUCGGACAGCCGUGUUAUUGUCGUCAAGGUAGAUGCAAAGAGCGAAACAGAUGCCUCGGACGCCGCCAAGGAGCUCCAGGAACAGGGAAUCGAUUAUAUCAAUCUAGUCAUUGCCAAUGCCGGCGUUGCCUAUGCAUUUGGCUCCGUCGCCAAUGUCGACAUCAAUGCCGUUCGAGGUCACAUCGAACCCAAUGUUUAUGGCGUUGUACGGCUCUACCAAGCUAUGCUGCCCCUACUACUUCACUCUGUCAACCCGAAAUGGGUGACUAUGGGCUCAAUUGCCGGAAGCAUUGAGGUAUAUCACUUUUUGUUGUUGCGUGCAUAUAGCGUCUUCGCAGAAUUGAACCAACCUCCAAUCGACAACUGCGCUUAUGGACCGUCCAAAGCUGCAAUACACUGGUUCACGAAGAGAAUGAACGGCGAGGAGGAAAAGCUUACUGCUUUCGUAGCCCAUCCUGGAUGGGUUCGGACCGAUAUGGGUGACAGCGGUGCUCGAGUCUUCGGUCUGGAGCAUGCUCCUGACAGCCUUCUUGAUUCAUGUGAUGGUAUGAUCAAGCUGUUCGAUGAGGCUACGAAGGAAACUCACGGCGGUAAACUAUGGCAGUACGAUGGCAUUCAACUACCUUGGUAG